GCAGCAUUGGGCUGGUGGGGUUUCGGGGGAGUGAAAAGGGGGAGGCCUGGCUCCACUCCACCAAGGGCUGGCAAUAGGGCCAUGGUCUAGUCGGGGAACUAGGGUCAGACGGGCAGAGGCGGCCUCCACCAGGAGCCAUGGUCUCCAAACUGAGCCAGUUGCAAGCGGAGCUCCUGACCGCUCUCCUGGAGUCAGGGUUGAGCAAGGAGACCCUAAUCCGGGCCCUGGGUGAGGCAGAGCCCUACAGCGUGCCCAGCGAGAACAGCUUGGACAAGGGGGAGCCAUGUAGCGAUCUAACCGAGCUGCCCAACGGGCUGGGGGAGCCCCGGGGCUCAGAGGACGAGACCUCGGACGAUGGUGAGGAAUUCACACCGCCCAUUCUGAAGGAGCUGGAGAGCUUGAGCCCCGAAGAAGCGGCUCACCAGAAAGCUGUGGUGGAGAGACUCUUACAGGAAGAUCCAUGGCGGGUGGCAAAGAUGGUGAAGUCAUAUCUGCAGCAGCAUAACAUCCCUCAGAGGGAGGUGGUGGACACCACGGGCCUCAACCAAUCCCACCUCUCUCAGCACCUCAACAAGGGCACCCCUAUGAAGACCCAGAAGAGAGCCGCCCUCUACACCUGGUACGUCCGCAAGCAGCGAGAGGUGGCCCAGCAGUUCACCCACGCGGGGCAGGGCGUGCUGGCGGAAGAGCCCUUGGGAGAUGAACUGCCCACCAAGAAGGGCAGGAGGAAUCGCUUCAAGUGGGGCCCUGCGUCCCAGCAGAUCCUGUUCCAGGCCUACGAGAGGCAGAAGAACCCCAGCAAGGAGGAGCGGGAAGCUCUGGUGGAGGAAUGCAACAGGGCUGAGUGCCUCCAGAGAGGCGUUUCCCCAUCUCAGGCCCAGGGCCUGGGCUCCAACCUGGUGACUGAGGUGCGAGUCUACAACUGGUUUGCCAACCGGAGGAAGGAGGAAGCCUUCAGACACAAGCUGGCCAUGGACACCUACAGCAGCCCCCAGCCUGGCUCCACCCAAACACUGCCUCCUGCACACGGCUCCCCUGUCCUGCCGCCACCAACCGCCCUCUCCCCCAGCAAAGUCCACGGAGUGCGAUACGGCCAGCAGCCAACCAGCGAGGCCGAGUCUUCAGGCAGCAGUGCCCACGGGGGCAGUGCCAUGGUGACAGCCCCCGCCAUCCUGCACCAGGUGUCACCCCCAGGCCUGGAGCCCAGCCAUAACCUGCUCAGUGCCGACUCUAAGCUGGUCUCAGCCCCCGGUGGCCCCCUGCCCCCCGUCAGCACCCUGACGGCUCUGCACAGCCUGGAGCAGGCCCCCUCUGGACUCAAUCAGCAACCCCAGAAUCUCAUCAUGGCCUCACUGCCUAGCGUCAUGGCUAUUGGGGCCGCCGAACCCCCCUCCCUGGGCCCCACCUUCACCAACACUGGUGCUUCCACUCUGGUUAUUGGCCUGGCCUCGACUCAGGCCCAGAGUGUGCCGGUCAUCAACAGUAUGGGCAGCAGUCUGACCACCCUGCAGCCAGUCCAGUUCUCCCAGCAGCUGCACCCUUCUUACCAGCAGCCACUCAUGCAGCAGGUGCAGAGCCAUGUGGCUCAGAGCCCCUUCAUGGCCACUAUGGCCCAACUGCAGAGCCCCCACGCCCUCUACAGCCACAAGCCCGAGGUGGCCCAAUACGCGCACACCAGCCUCCUCCCGCAGACUAUGCUGAUCACCGACACUGCCAACCUCAGCGCCCUUGCCAGCCUGACCCCCGCCAAGCAGGUGUUCACUGCGGACUCGGAGACUCCCAAUGAGUCGGGGCUCCAUACACCAGUGUCCCAGGCGGCCACCAUCCACAUCCCCAGCCAGGACUCGGGCAUCCAGCACCUCCAGCCAGGGCAUCGUCUCAGUUCCAGCCCAGCAGUCUCCUCCAGCAGCCUGGUGUUAUACCAGAGUUCCGACUCAACCAACAGCCACAGCCACCUGCUGCCAUCCAAUCACAGCGUCAUCGAGACCUUCAUCUCCACGCAGAUGGCAUCCUCCUCUCAGUAACCAUGGCGACUGGGCUGGCAGGAGCGUCCCCUUCUGGGAAGGGCACUGGCCCAGCCUUUUGCUGGGAAGAGACUGGAGCUGGCCCACAUCUGCGGGCAGCCCCUACCCGCCUCUCCCUCACCUGCACAGCCACAGCAGGGGCAGAGCCUUUCUCAGGAAAAGUUUUUAGGAGACCGGCUAGUGAAGAGCCCUCAUUCUGACCUCCACAUCCCUCUCCAGCUUCAGGGAACAAGGUGAAUCUGGGGGAUUCUGGAGACGCCCAACUGGGUCUGGUUCCAGACAUACCACAGGCCUUCAGCCUGAUGCCAAUCUCUGCCCUCUCAAUGUCCUCUUUCUCUAGAAAGGUGGAACAGAAGCCUGGGGCACUUUAUACUAUGGAACUGAAGACCACUCCACUUAGCAGAAGAAAGGAGGGGUCUUUCACCUGAAGUUCAGGUUUGGAGGUGUCAGAGCAAGGUUGGGGAGACGGCAGGGAAGAGAGGCUCCUGCCUCAGGGACUGUGCCACUUCCGCCUUAGAUUCUAGACCAACCACAAACCUCAGCCCCCAUCCUUCCCGGAAAGCCUGUAGCCAGUACCCAUGCUAACUUGGGGGAGGGAGAAUUCAUCUCACCCAGCAAUACCCAGGAGGUGCCCCUUAACAGGCAGUAGAUAAAACUCCAGGAGCCCAAUCCCUCCCAGCCAGCUAGAAUCCUCAGGUCCCCCAGUCCUAUCUAGCUGCCACUUUAGCCUCCUCUGGUACCCAAUCUGGAUUCUCCUUCCUCCCACCUUCCUUUCCAUUUCUUAGGCAUCUGGGAAUCUCUGAACUUCUGAGUUCCAAGCCCCAUUUGAGCUGGUGGUUCCUAAGGCUGCAGCUUUCCAGGCAGGACCACUCGCCUCCUCUACUAUAGACACAGCCCAAUUUUCACUAGCAGCGCAGUAUGGGGCGCUGAUAGAUACUGGGAAGGCCACAUUCCCAGGCAACACUGAGGAUGACAGAAUUUAAAUGUACUCUGUGGAAGAGGGGAGGGAUGGGUGCAGUUAUGUAGGGUUCAAGAAAAGAGAAUCCUUUAGACAUCCCUUACAGUUGCUGGUAACUACUGGCUAUGGAGGAAAAAAAAGUCUAAACCAUGGCAAAUUGCACCCUUCUGGUUUUUCCAAUGAACAGCUGGUCUGUGAAGGAGGGGAGGGAAAACCUGAGGAUCUGAACAGAAGCUCUCCCCUUCAUAUGCUUGAAGGGCCCCCACUUAGGAUACCCAGGGCUCUGGAAGUUGAGACCGAGAGGAGGGACUCAACACUGCAGCUGCUUGCUCCC